GACUUCAGUAAUGUUCGUAAUGUUUGACACAUAGAAAGUAAACAAACGAUUGCAUCGAUUAAUCAACUGAUUUGACAUCAAAUAAGUGAAUGAAUGGAUACUUUAUGGCGAUUGGCCUCUGGAUCUACUGUUGAAGAGUUUGCUAAAGAUGUCUAUAUUAAGAGUAAUAUAACCAUUGAAUUAAGCAAAACAAUUAAGUCUAUACUGAAAGAGUUGGCCCAAAGUGACACCAAAUUAGUAAUUGAGAGCCGACUGGUUGUCGACUUGUGUCACAUCUUUGAGGCCAUACUUCUUCACGGACUCAAACAAAAAUUAAGUACUCGUAUGACAAAUGUCUUCAUGAGUCUGUCGCAAACAAAGAGUUUUGGUCUCGAUUUCUGGACUGUUAUAUUGAUUUUAUGUCACAAUGAAGUAUCCAAAACUGUAAGCGAUUUGUCAAAUGUGUCGACAGAUAUCGGUCGGUGUCGGGCAUGGGUUCGGUCGGCACUUAGCGAUGGACUUAUAUUAAGCUAUUUCGACGCCUUAACUGCCGACUCAUCCCUAUUACAUGGUUUUUAUCRGUCUUCGGCAUACAUUCGUGAUAAAGAGCACACAGAUAUUGUCAAACGCUUACUCAUCGGUCUCGAGGAUUAUGUCUUUAAUUUAACCAUUGAUUGUUCAACAUUUGAUUCAUGGGAUGAACAAACUUUAAGAUUAAUUGGUGUUAAUUACAUGGAGACUGAGCCUCAACCCGUCAUAACCGCUACCGAUGCUAUUGAUCUCAUUGACAACUUUGAAAGUAAUCAAAAAUCAACGAUUAAUGAAAUAGGAAAACAAGAUGAAGAAGAAGAAGACAUAGAACCGACAAAUAAUGAAGAUUUCAUUUCAGACAAUACUUCUGAAACAAUUUCAGAUAUCAAGUCUAACAAUUCAAACGAAGCGUUUGAUGAAAUUGUUGGCAAAUUAGAGUUGGAGUCUACAAAAUGUUUGGACUCAGAAGUUAUUGAAAGCGGUAACAGUUUGAAUCGUAUGUCCGGUUGGAGUACAACUCCUCACAAAUCAGACGAAAUGUCGGCAAUUCGUGACCAAAGCUAUGAUGAUAUUCUUCAAAGUUAUUCAACUCAAGCGGUUCUUUCCAGUACUCCUGAUAUUCGUGACUUUACUAUUACUAUKGACUUCGAGAAUCCAACGAAUAGACCUCAUCUAACAAAAACAAUAUCAAUGCUUUCAACCAAAGAGAAAUCUCCAACGGAUUCAUUGAUUUCUGAAACAGAUUUUGAAGUAAUACCAAAAAGUGUUGUUUUAAAUAAUUCAGAUCCGGAAACAAAGAAAUUUUUAGACCAAUUAACCCGAUUGGCUAAUGAGUGUGGACUCGAUGAACAGGAUUAUAAGUGUAUUGCUUGUGGUCGACCUAUUGGUAUGAUUUAUGGUAAAUCCCGUUUAUGUUAUUUUGAUGGAUAUCAUUAUUGUCUGGAUUGUCAUUCAAAUGAUGAGUCACUAAUCCCCGCCCGAGUCAUACAUAACUGGAAUUUUGGAAAAUAUCCGGUCGCUAAACGAAAUAAGCAUUUCCUGGUGUCGACCGAAUUGGAACCGUUAUUUGACAUUAAAAUAUUGAGUCCAUUAUUAUAUUCAAUAGUCGGAGAGAUGAAAGAAGCACUUGAUUUGCGGACUCAACUCUUUUAUUUGCACGCAUACCUGUUUACUUGUCAGGAAAAUAUAGCCAUUGAAAUGCGCAAAACUGUUUGGCCGCGGGAACACCUCUUUCAGCACAUCCAUCUCUAUUCGGUUGCUGACCUCUUUCAGGUUCAAAACAAUCAGUUGUCACAAACUUUGACAAAAGUGAUAUCAUUUGCAAAAAAACAUGUCUUGUCGUGUCCUUUAUGUACACUAAAAGGAUAUUUCUGUGAAAUUUGCAAUUCUUCACAAAUUUUAUAUCCAUUUAAUACUGAAUCAACAAAAAGAUGUGAGAAAUGUAAAACAGUGUUUCAUUUACACUGUUUUAAUGAAAGGUAUGACAAAACACGGUGUCCUAAAUGUCUUAGAAUUGAAAAGAGGGAACAACAGUCACUUCUUGCAGAUAAUUAUCAGUUAAAUUAA